AUGUCUUGGGGAUUCAAUCCGGCAGAUCAAAUCGAGCGUCAAAUGCAGCAAGAUGCCCAUCGGACCUGGGGUUUCGUCAUCUAUCGUACAACGUACGACAGUGACGCCGACUGGACGGAGUUCAUUGCACGACUGCGAUUCCGCAUGGACGAUACGUUCGAAUGGGUUGACGGUCAGAAUAUCCUUCAGAACUUCUCGCUCACCGUCUUCGACGACCGCGAGCAGUUCGACGGUGCCAGCACUCAAGCUGUUCGUCAGCACUUUCUGCAAUGGUCAGUCGCGUCGUAUCGAGAUGAGCAGCGAUCUACAGGCGAGCAGGGCUCCGAGGCCAGCCCGCCCAGUCGCACCCUUCUUGGUCGUAGUCCUCGAUAUCGGUACGCGGUAGCUGUGGAUGCAGAGUCACCGCGGUCUGUCGCCCGGGAAGCCGCAGCGCCUGCUGAACUGGACGUAUCGACCACAGGCUGGGUCAAGUUGAUCGACAAGUCAUGGUACCUUGGUCGCAGCUUGGGUCGCGACCCCGAGGACUAUCCGGCCAUCGAGGGAGUGACGGAGAGAGAUGUCGGAUGGAUGCAAGUCACCUAUUGGGAUGUCAUGUCGGAGUUUUAUGUCCGAUCUGAAUCGAUGAACUUUUGGUCGCAGAAUUAUCGAAGGCCUCCACGGGUCGUAGUGUUAUGA